UCCGUCAUUUUCUUCACUACCAAGUAUUUGUCGCUUACAACUCCGGGCUGUUUAUAUAGAUUCUGCCAUCUCGCAACACCUAUCUCGCCCUCCACAUGUUAUCCCCCACGUGUUAUGAAGGGCUCUAAAUCUACCUGCUUGCUGUGUCGCCACUUAGCAGCAAGUUCGGGCGGCGCAAGCUCACGAGCAGGGAAAUGGCAAACCCACGCAUCGCGAUUUUCGACCACGGCCACCCCGCGAAGCGAUGACCCAACGACGAUCGCUUCAACGACUCCAAUUUCCAAUGCGCCUCUCCCUGCAGACGGUGCAACAACCGAUACUUCAGGACUGGACAAAGUUCGGAGAUUUGUGCAAAAUGACCACAAGAGCACUUCCAACAUACAAUGGUCUCCGAAUAAAUUCAGAAAAGUCCGAGUUGGCGACUCAGCUCGGGUAGACGCCUUGUUCCAACAAAUCGUCCAAAAGCAAACUACAGACAAAGAUGCACCAGCUGAAUCACAACAAACAAAUCCCAAUUUGGACCUGGCUCUCGUCCAUGCUAUUUGCAAGCUGGAGCUCAUGGUCGAAAAGGACGAGCCCGAGGCAGAUGCAUAUGCCUACCUCAAAUCAGAGAUAUACCCGUUACUUCAAGAACCAGAUGUAACCGUACCUAAGGUUUUCACUAGGGUAGUGUCGAGACUGAUGGAAAAAGUCGUUGCUGCUAAGAAGGAGUCGAUACGUUCACCUGAGCUACCAACAGUUGCCGACAUUUUCCGAGUUUACACAGAUAUUGGCGAUAUGAAGCCUCAGCGAUGGGCCAUACUCGUGGGAGAAUUAGUCCAGAAAAUCAUAGAGAUAGAUCCCUCUACUGAGGAGCAGGACCCUGCCACAAUCGAAGGUGGACUUGUCAUCCGCGAUGCUAUGCUCGCGGAUCUUGUCGAAUCCUGGAAAGUUCUCUCUCUACUUAAACCCACAUCCGUGACGCCUGAUGAUGAGUUGACGGAUGGGUUCUGGUUCCCGAGACUCGAUACAUUCUCUCUGAAGAAGUUUUCAGGUCAGGGAAACUUUCCUGCGGCUUUGAGUAGUAUAUUCCCACAAUAUCCCCCUAAACAUCUCGGUGCUCCUGUGGCCGUCUUAGCCAUUGCCACAUAUGCUUUGUUGCUCGAUCCCCAACGAAGCAAUCUUGAUGUCAGACGAAGUGCUACUCGUUUUGUCUCCAAAAUAGCCUAUCUCAUCUCAUUUGUGAAUUACCGAGACGAAGCCUUGCAGAAGGAAAUCUCAAACACCUUCCCAGCGAUUGAAGAUUAUGUUAUGGCACGGUGGCCCGACAUCAAGGCACAGCUAAAAGAUAGACUUGAAUCGAUGGCGACGUCUAUUGGACACGCAGAAUCCAAUAAACCCUCAUAUUCGGCCAAUCACGGUGGAAUCAAUCCGAGUUACUUAGGAAGUGCUCUCAACCGCGCGUGGCUAACUCGGAACGCUAGGGAGGUAGAUAGGAUCUGGCAAAGGGUUGUAGGGUCUGAAAAAGAUAUUCCUUUGGAAAAGGUUGCUGAGCUUCGAAAGUACCCCGAUCUUUUUGACUCUUUCAUUCUUACUCGAAUGGCCUUGAACCAGCCUGAUCACGCCAUCGCCGCGUUGAAUACUCUGCGCAAAAUCGGGCUUAGACCGACGAUGAAAACGUGGAAUAGCAUGCUCGACGGUUGCAAGAAGGCCCGCAACGUCAACGGCGUCAAGAAUGUGUGGGCAAAAAUUGCGGGUUCUGGGAUGAAACUAGAUACGAGGCUAUGGACCACUCGUAUAGCCGGCCUCAUUGAAUCUGGCGAUGCCGAGAGCGGAAUAAGAGCCCUGGAGGAGAUGGCGGGAUUGUGGAAUAGUAGCUCGAAAGACGAGAAUACUACAGCUGUCAAACCGACUAUAGAGCCUGUCAAUGCUGCCCUCGCUGGUCUAAUACGUCAGAAUCAAGUCUCCGCUGCCGAAAGUCUCCUGGUUUGGGCGAGUCGGCAAGGUAUCAAACCUGAUGUCUUCACAUACAAUACUCUGUUACGCCGCUUCGUACGGGAUGGAAGGGUGGAUGAUGUGCAGCGAAUAUUUGCUAUGAUGCAGGAUGCCGGCGUGUCCGCGGACGAAGCGACAUUUACAAUAGUGCUCGACGGGGCGUUUAAGACGAUAGACCCGGAUAACAUCGACGAACAAACAGAGACGGUGACAAGCGUGCUCGGUCACAUGAAAGCGGUCGGACUGGAACCGAACCUGCAGACGUACGGCAAGAUAAUUUAUCACCUCCUCCAGGUUAGCGACCAUGCCAACCAGGCCAGCAAUAGCAACCGGGCCAGCAAUGCCGUCAAGGCCGUGCUAGCUCACCUAUGGGGCCACGGCCACGAGCUCUCGCCACACAUCUAUACGAUGCUGGUGGAACAUUACUUCUCGCGCAGACCCCCAGACCUAGACUCUGUCGACUCGCUAUUGCAGCGCCGCCGCGUGCUUAACUCCGAUAACGUGGAAGACAAUAUCUUAUACGACCGCAUCAUCAAGGGCUACGCACUAGCCGGCCAGCCCUUCAAGGCCCUUGACUACUACUACAGGCUCAGCGCUGCCGGCGUCACUCUCAUCCUACCUACACAGGUAGAGCUACUACUUUCGCUGCUCCGCGACGGCCACGUCGACGACGCGCGCGACAUGGUGGCUAAUACCAAGAGGCUGUUUGAAGAGUCGCACCAUGCCUCCGACGAAGUAGAGAGUGCUCGGUUCUGGGGCCAUCAGUUCUGGCAACUGGCUUCUUCGAACGGUCUCCUUGAGGGGGGAGAUGCUGCUGCUGCUCGUGCUUCUUUCUAGAUUGGCGAUGAGACUUAACCUGGCGGGCAGCCUGUAUAGGUAGAGUGUACAUAGGGUAAAUAUUACGUGCAAAUGGCUUACGCAUGAUAGAUCCCGGGGCAAUGGCGUGUGGA